AUGGUGUGCUAUGACCUCGCAAAAGCAGUGGCAAUAAUUUAUCUUGCUUCUGUCUAUUCCGUGCUAUCACAGCUUGCCCUAGCACCAGUCUAUGGAUCAACUCCAGCACGCCUGUAUCAUCAAGCUUUGUGCUCCACUGCUGUGCUGGCUGGAUAUGUUCUUGGAUCCCGAUCCUCUCUGAUAUCCCACAAGGGACGACAGUUUCUUCCAACGCUUGCAUUUUUGAUACCAAAUAUCCAGUUCCUCCUCUUCCCAUUCAGCUCUCAGUUGGGAAAUCCAACUGGUCCGCUGUUGACCGAGCUCCUCACCAUUGCGCCGUUGAUUUUUCUUUCUGCGGCUGCUUCGUCGACAGUAUUGAAGCCUCUAAAUCUACAACACUAUGGUGCAAUCAUCUCAGAACUGAUACCUCCUAUUGGGGGUCUGCUUUUUUUCAACCUUGCACAAACCACCGCUCAGUCUGCCAUACCCUUACACCUUGAUUCGGCCCUAUUCAUCACUAGUUUCGGGUUGCAAGUUGGACUUGCAGUGCUGUAUACUGUGGUAGUCCCUCAACGCCUUUUUUGGGUUUUAUGUACAGUACCAGUCGUGAUUUUUUCCCUAAGAGCCAAUGUACAUAUGCCGUUUGCAUAUACAACGGCAAGGCUAAACUCGACGCUGCAAGAGGUCAAUUACUCCCUUGUUGACCGACAGGAGUCCCUCACCGGGUAUAUAUCCGUUUUGGAUAACAUGCAGGUUGGAUUUCGGGCCAUGAGGUGUGAUCACAGCUUAUUAGGUGGACACUGGACCCACUUACCCUCUGGUUACAACCCAAGGGUGUCAGAUCCGAUAUAUGCUGUCUUCACCAUGUUGGAGUCGGUUAGGCUGGUUGAACCUGAAAACAAUGGCCUGGUAAAGAAAGACACGGAGAGCAACGCACUCGUCAUUGGACUGGGAAUCGGUACUACGCCUGCUGCACUAAUCCAACAUGGCAUCCAUACAACAAUUGUCGAAAUCGACCCGAUUGUAUACAAGUUUGCCUUGCAGUACUUCCAAUUCCCGAGAAACCAUACUGCAAUCAUCGACAACGCAGUUACUUUCGUCGAAACUGCACAACGCCAAACGCAGCAGUACGACUAUAUCGUGCACGAUGUGUUUACAGGUGGCGUAGAACCAGUUGACUUAUUCACUUUGGAAUUCAUGCAGGGGCUGUACGCGCUUCUCAAGGAUGAUGGUAUUGUGGCAAUUAACUACGCAGGUGAUCUGUCGUUGCCAGGCGCAGGCUUAAUAGUCCGCACGAUCAGAAGCGUGUUCCCUCAAUGCCGUAUCUUCCGCGAGAACAAUGGCUUAGAGAAGUCUGACACGGAUCCUCUGGGGUUCACUAACAUGGUCAUUUUCUGCAAAAAGUCGUCAACCGCACCUCUAACAUUCCGCGCUCCGAAUGAAGACGACUAUCUAGGUAGCCAGUCCAGGGAGGCCUAUAUGUAUCCUCAACAUGAAAUUGAUCCCAAAGUCUUCGACGCAGCAUAUGACACGACAGACCAACAGAUAUUACAAGCCGGCAAGACGAGAAUGAUCGAGGCCUACCACAUGAAAAAUGCCAUCGGCCAUUGGAAUAUCAUGAGAGGAGUCCUUCCUGCUAAAGUGUGGGAGAAUUUCUGA